AUGAGGGACAGAGUGGGGGCUCUGGGCACCUGCCCCGGGAAGGUGAAGGGGGCAGGAGGGGACUCAGACAAGUUGCCGUGUGGACUUGAAGGAGCACAGGGGGAGAGCCCUUGCCCGUCCUCCCAGAUGCACAUGCCUGUGGAUGACGUAGAUGGAACUUCAAAAAAUGAGGAGUUGUCACCAGAAGUGAAAAAUGCUCUGAGUGAGGUCAGCCUCUCGCUUCAUAGUGGCAACAAAGCUCUUCCGUAUUUGAAAGAAUCAUUAAGAAGAAGUUCAGCUCCCGCGGCGGCCCAGAGCAAGACUGUGGAUCUGUCCUGUGCUCCUGCGGGAGAGCAUUGUGCUGGGGUGUCGUGUUGGGGUGGGGGAGCUCUGGCGAGGGGCUGGUCGGGAGGAGGGCCCAGGGCCAGCGACAGCCACAGAGGAUGGUGCCACAAAGGAGAGCCUUGGGGGCCAGGACUACCGUGCCUUCAGAAACGGUCAGAAAUGGGGAUUUCUGAGGAGGACCUGCCAAGUGCUCUUCUAGAGGGGCGAGGCUCCGAGUCGGAACUGUCUUGCCUGCAUCUCGUCCGGUCGACACUGCUGAGCGCACGCCCCGAAGUACUCCUGACUGAUGAGACAGAAUGUGUUUUCCUUGGCUGUUCAAAGCCCGCGUUUUCAGAGCAAACAGAAUACAAGAAAACGCUCUCACGUGUACGAAGUCUCUCAGCCGAUCUGCAGACAACAGCAGGGUUGCUGGCUCUACCAGCUUUGGAGGUAGCGAAUCCGUUUGGCCGUAGUUAAGGUGCGAGCACAACAAUAAAAGUAGUGAGAUUAAUUUUAAAAGCUGUCUUAGAAUGAUUUCUUCGACACUGGUCUGGAUGCCUGUUACGGGGCAGUGAGGUUCCUGCCUCAGUUGGUGUGAGCAAAGGAAGUGGAAUUGAAAGUCCUGGGAAGUUGUUGAUGCGGGAGGAGAUUUUUUAGCCUGCUUUGAAUUGUGCUCAAAACACAUUGAGUAUUGGGCUGCCACUUCAAGGAGAACAUUAAUACAUCCCGUAUCAAUAUCAGGUUAGAACGUGAAGACUUAACGGAAUUCUUUAUGGAUCUUCAGCACUCAUUGCCAAGGGCUACUGCCCCAGGUACUGUGUCCCCAGGCCGUCUGCUCGGCUGCUGUUUGUACA